UUUUAGUCUGUUUUUUUCUGACUGCGUCACCGUGCUAGUUUCGAGCUGUUCUGUCUGUUCUGUCGCUAACUUAUAACAAAUGUUAAUUCCAAAAAAAAUUUAAAUAUUAACGCUUUAAGUGCGUAUAUCCUUUCUUUUCAGCCUUGGUAUAGCAUAUGCAGCUCUCUGUUGUAAUUGCGAGCGAAUUACCUGAACGUAAACACUGCAAUGGCUAAUUAAUAGUUCAGUGUUGGAUAUGACAGUUUUACGUUCACUACUGUGCUCCUCUGCUCAGCUACUCGGUGUUUCUCGGGUUCGUUUCUGGGACCCUAGGGUUUCUAAACGGAAAGCAUGGUUGUCCUUAUCCGUCCAGCGUUGGUCCAUUUCGGAAGCUUCUGGCUUGUCAUCCGAUCAUCUGAGCUCUGGAACUGACAAGAACCAGCAAUUAAAGAAGUAUUUCUUAAGGAGACUGAAGGCAACAUACCACAGGUUCCACAGUAUACCUGAUUACUCCGUGGUGUGCGGAUGUCACCAUGUGUACUUCAUUAAAGCUGACGGCAUCUACAGAAUAGACAAAAGAGAUCGUACUCCGGAGCCUGAGCAGGUGUUAAAUCUGGAACACGUAUCGAGGGCGGAAAGGAGGACGAGAGCUGAGAGUGAUGAGAGGUUUCAGUGGACAAUUCAGAGAAUUCGUCUGUCUCCACAUGAAAAGCAUCUCGCCGCCACACUAAAAUGUUGUCACACAGAAGAGCUCAAGUGUGUUGUUGUGAGACUUGGUGAGAGAAUUAUUUCCAUUUUGCCCCCCCACUACAUCCUUCUCGAGCUACGGAGCGUCUUCAGCUUUGAGUGGGCGACGGAUGAUGUCCUGUUUUACACAACUCUGGAAGGCCUGAGAUCCAGCUGCGUGUUUCGCCUGGACCUCGUCGCCGAGGGCAGCGGCAAAGUAACGUCCGUGUACGAGGAAACCCAGCCUGAUGUGUUUGUGGAGGUUGCCCUGUCCAGAGACCGACAGAUCCUCGCCAUUAACUGCAACAGUAGAACAAGUUCAGAGGUGAUGCUGAUUGAUGUGACAAAGUCCCAUUUAGAGCCUUUUGUGAUUCAGCCUCGUCAGCUGGACCUCCUCUACCAUGUGGAGCACUGGAAAGGAUCGCUGAUUAUCCUGGCGAAUACUGGGCCAGGACAGGAGUAUCAGGUGAUGCAAUCUCCCACAUUUGAGCCGUCAAUGGCUUCCUGGGCAUCUUUAUUUGUCCCCAACCCUGACACUACUAUCAAAGACAUGGACAUAGUUGGAGACUACUGCUUGUUGGUUCUAAUGACGCCUGCCAAUGAACUCGCUUUGAGCGUGAUGUCACUGCGCAAUCCCAAAGAGACAUACAUUAUAGAGCUCCCCUCCUGGGCUUGCGCUAUUGAAACCAAGAAACCGGGCUUGGCAGACCGGCAAAACGUGUUAGAGUUCCUCUUAUCGUCUCCCGUCCACCCACCCGCCCCAUUCUCGCUGGAUCCUGAGAAAGGACUUUUGUUGUCAGACCCAGGAACUCAGGCCCACUCUGAGAGUCACCACAAGUACGUCACCACACGCUUAAAGGCCUGCAGCCAAGAUGGCACUUUAGUGCCAGUGACGCUCCUCCAUGCCAUACCUGUGGAUGAUCUGAGUCAGGCGCCUUUGCUUGUACAUGUAUAUGGAGCUUAUGGUAGAGACCUCAGUAUGGAGUUCUGCCCAGUGAGGCGUUUUCUGUUGGAGCAAGGCUGGGCGCUGGCCUACUGUCAUAUUAGAGGCGGGGGGGAGCGCGGCCUCUCUUGGCACAGACAAGCCCGGGUGGAAGGGAAGCGGAAGGGAGCGGAGGACCUCCAGGCCUGUCUCCAGAAGCUUUUCUCUUCGGGAGUCUCCUCUGCUUCACUCACUGCCCUCACAGCCUGCAGUGCUGGAGCCGUACCAGUGGCGGCGCUGUGCAACCGGAAGCCAAACACCAUGCGUGCUGUAACACUGCAGGCUCCUUUCCUGGAUGUGUUGGGAACUAUGGAGAAAGCUGAUCUGCCUCUGACUGUGGAGGACAGAGAUGAGUGGGGGGACGCAGUGGGAAACCUGCAUCACAGACACAUCAUCGCUUCAUACUGUCCCUGUCACAACAUCACUCCUCAGCGCUACCCAUCUAUGCUGCUGACAGCCUACAGCGGUGAUCCUAGGAUUCCUCUGGAAGGUGUCCUCAAAUACACCAAAAAUAUAAAGAAAGCCGUUCAGACACACUUAAACAGGAAGCAAAAUGCAGAUUGUGAAUCGGCACCAAGCAUAGUUCUGAACGUCCAACCAGGAGCAAACCAUCUUGGACCUGAAGACUUUGUUCAGAUGCUGGAAGAGGAGGCUUUUAAGCUUGCGUUUCUAUACACGGAGUUGAACCUGGACACUCCACAACCUCGACGCAAGAGGAAGAGCUAGCUCAGCUGUGAAGAGGCAGUAAGAAAAGCAGAGCUGUAUUUGCAUCACCGUGAUGACCAAGUCUUCCACUCUGCAUGUGAAGAAGAAAGAAACCACAUCCAGCGAAUUCAUCGAGAAGCGUUUGUUUUAUUGUGUUACAUUGUCCCUUUUGAAUCAAGACACCUCAGGACAACCUCGGUAAAUCGAUUGACGAGACCGUAAAGUUUUCAUAAAUGCUAAAUUGCUUUAGCAUUUGUAAAGAAUGUCAACAGUCUCCAAGUAGCAGGCCUUCUCAGAGACGUAGCACUGUGCGGGAUGGUUGGGAUGGAAUCGAGUGUAGGUGGAGUACCGAAUGACCAAACCCUCUCCCGCCUCUGUCUGGAUGCGGGAUUUCUGGAAUACUUUCUGGUUGUUGGCUGUGUUGGUGCUCAUCAGCACUUGGAGCUCGUCGGGCAGCUCCUUAACAGCAGAGAGAUCCGUUGUGCUGGGUCCUCUGCCGAAGUUAAUCACCAUGAGGUACGCUUCUUUGUGCCCAUCGAGCUCUCUGAGGUAAGAGAAAAUGUUGGUGUCGGAGAGGACGUAGCAGAACCAACCGCGCAGAAAAGGGAGCUCUGACUGCCGCAGGCCAUUCAAGAAGCGAUACUGAGAGAGAACGGAGCCUUCAUCUUUAUUCUGGACCUGAGGGGAAAGAAUGGACAAAAGAAAAAACAGUGAGACGGAUAUGAGAACUGUCUUGUAUCAGGGGUUUUCUCAAUGUUGUGUUAGAUGUCGCAUACCUCCACAUUGACGGUUUCGUAACUGGGAUGUACAGGUAACCAGGUCUUGUUGGUUUGGGGGUUGAAACCCGCGUUCUUCUCACUAUUCCACUGCAUCGGAGAUCGCUCAGGGUCCCGACUGAGACUCUGAGGUCAAAGAAUACAAAUAAAUAUACUCCAGUUGACCUUAUACACAAUAACUACAGCUAGCCAACAAUAAAGCCUACUUUACUUGAACCGUUCCUUUUUUUUUUUUUUGUAAUGCCAUGAAUUAAAGUCAUAUCUUUUA